CGAACUUAUGAUUGCAGCUACAGGGAAAGACGAUAAAAUAACAAGAAAAUAAAAUGACGGAUUAAUAAAAAUAAAAAUUCUCAAUGAUUCUUCGUUAUAUAAUUUCGAACGCAAUGUGCUAAAUCUACUUUUAUAAGUAUUACAUCAGAGAAAUAAAAAGAGCGCUCUCUCAUUUAUAAAAAAUGAAAGCUUGGAGAGAUUCUGCUACUGUCAUAUUGGCAUCUCGUCAAAUACAGAAGCGUAAUCCCAGUUUAUCAAAUUCUGUGUUUCAGUAUGAUUACAAAUUGCUGAAUUUGAAACGGCACGGACAAGCGUCAUUCAUGCCAGGAGCAUAUGUUUUUCCUGGUGGAACUGUGGAGCCGUCGGACGCGGAUUUGAAAUGGAAGAACUUAUUUUCCUCGUUUGGUUUUAAUGACAAAAGUUUUGCUUCUCUCUUGAAUCCAAAUUCCAGUCGACCACCAAUUUUUAAACCUCGAAAAAAUGAAUUGCGAAGAGAAAUUUCUCUACGAAUCACAGCCAUUAGAGAAACUUUUGAAGAAUGUGGCAUACUCAUUUGCAAUAAGCCUGGGGACAAAGGAGUUUUAACAGACUGGGCCAAACAUCUUGUCAUGGACGAAGCUAAAAGUUGGCAGUCUAGAGUACACAACGAUCCUAUGAAAUUUUACAGAAUGUGCGAAGACCAUCAAUGUUAUCCUAAUAUUUGGGCACUCCACGAAUGGAGCAAUUGGCUCACACCCACGGUUUUUGCAAAACGAUUCGACACUGUUUUUUUUUUCGUUUGUAUGCAGUCUCAGCCCUUGGCAGAGUUUGAGGAACAGGAGAUGGAAGAUUUAGUGUGGCUGGAUCCAAAGUCGCUUUUAUCUUCUUCGAAAGAGUACAGACUCGAAAUUCCCCAACUUUAUGAAUUGGGAAGAAUAGCACGAUACGAAUCCCUCAACAAUUUAUUAGAUUUUACAAUUGCUCGAAGCAAGCAUGGAAUGCAUCGAAUUUUUCCAGUGAGAGUAAGAUUAUCGGAUGGUCAUGUGGUCCUACUCCCGGGAGAUUGUAUGUAUCCCAAAAAUCCAAGUUACACUGAAAGGCAAGAAUUUGACAGGACGACAAUGACUAUUGCGGAAUUUCAUGAACAAUCCUCAAUUAGAAAUCGUAUAGAAGUUUAUAGUCUUGAUGUGAAAUCGCUCUCAGUCGACAACAUGGAAAGUCUCGAUGGACAUUUACCACCGUUGUGUAUUGACAAUGUACAAAUUAAAUCAUCAAAAUUAUAAAAAAAAAGUUUUGAAGGAAUAAAAGAAUUUUUUUUUAUGACUUUA